GACGCUGAUGAAAAGCCACAUGACCGGCACAUUCAUUUUUAUGCGGAGUGUGGAGGCGUGUUAUGGCUGUCACAAAAAACGAAGCAUAAAAGUCACCUGGCUAGGUAAAAGUUAUCCAGACGGCUAUGGGUGACUUUGUUUACAAGUCACUUUAGAACGAGAUUAUUUAUUACUCUCAUGAACCAAGAUCAGUGCAAGAUCAGCAACAUUUACCUCAUUUACUGCGUAGUUCCUCUGCACCGUUGCAUUCAUUUUCGGUUUUUGUCCUGUUCUACCUAGUGCUGCAGAAUGCUGCUAUUUUCGCCACCUGUGUGGCUCUUCUGCCUUAUUAAGCUCGCCUCUCUGCUGGGGAUCGGCGCGCAGUACACUCCGGACUGGACCAGCCUGGAUUCUCGGCCGUUGCCCAGUUGGUAUGAUGAAGCAAAAUUUGGGAUUUUCGUUCACUGGGGCGUGUUUGCAGUGCCUGGAUUCGGCAGCGAGUGGUUCUGGUGGCACUGGCAGGGAGAGAAAAAUCAGAAGUACGUGGACUUCAUGACGAAGAACUAUCCUCCGGGAUACAGCUACCCGGAAUUUGCACCCGAUUUCCAUGCCCAAUUUUUCGACCCGGACCAGUGGGCUGAGGUGUUUGCAUCUUCCGGUGCAAAAUACGUGGUCCUCACCUCUAAGCACCACGAGGGCUUCACUAACUGGGGCUCCCCAAAUUCCUGGAACUGGAACUCUGUGGACACCGGACCCCACCGAGACAUCGUGGGAGACCUCGGGGCAGCAGUUAGGAAGAGGUCAAUGCACUACGGUCUGUAUCACUCUUUAUUUGAGUGGUUCCACCCCCUGUACCUGUCUGACAAGAAGGCUGGUUUCAAAACCCAGGAGUAUGUUUUCCGCAAGGUUAUGCCUGAGCUCCAUGGCCUGGUCAGCAGCUACAAACCAGAUCUGAUCUGGUCCGAUGGAGACUGGGAAGCUCCUGACACUUACUGGAACUCGACCAGCUUCCUGGCCUGGCUCUACAACGACAGCCCAGUCAGGGAUACCGUCGUGACCAAUGACCGCUGGGGGGCGGGGUGCAGCUGUAAGCAUGGGGGCUACUACAACUGUGAGGACAAGUACACGCCGGGCCAGCUGCCAAAGCACAAGUGGGAAAAGUGCACCUCCAUCGACACGUACUCCUGGGGCUACCGCAGGAACAUGAUGGUCUACCAGCUAUUGGACCUGCCCACCAUCAUUGAUGACUUGGCACGCACCGUGGCCCUGGGGGGGAACUACCUGCUGAAUGUGGGUCCCACAGCGGACGGCACCAUCCCCGCCGUGUUCGAGGAGAGGCUCCGAGCCGUGGGCCAGUGGUUGCAGGUUAAUGGGGAGGCUAUUUACGCAUCCCAGCCAUGGCGGGUGCAGGCAGAAAACACCACUGUGCCAAUCUGGUACACAUUUAAAGGAAAAAGCGUGUACGCCAUCUUCCUGGAUUGGCCGUCUCAGUACAGCCUCAAGAUCACCACUCCCAAAACGUCCUCGCUCUCCAAUGUGACCUUACUGGGUUAUCCCAAGCCUCUGAAGUGGUCAGCUCUGGAACCAACUGGCCUGAUAGUCACACUGCCCACCAUGAAUAUGGGUGGGGCCCACGGAUGGACACUCCGAUUGGAUGGCGUGGCGUGAAGUCACAGUCACAAAAUUGCACCCGAGUCAGAUCCACCAUUGAUUUGAAAAGCAAUUCUUAAUCAUUAUUUUAAAAUUGCGAGCUAAACAAAUGCUUUGCGUUUGUCUAGACUGCGGAAAGCGCAUCCGAUUGUUGAGUGGUGAUUCAGAUAAUCUGUCCUCGAGCACAAAAGGGGAAAUCAACUUUUGCCCAAAUUGAGAUGUCAAGGCUGUUUUGUCUGUGUUUUGAUGAUAAUGAGGGACCUGAUUCUUUGAAUAUGUGAAAUGUUUAUUUCCAUAAACAACAAACCAAAAGUGUCAUGCCUGGCAGUCUGCGUUAUGUCUGCCCUUUUUAGAAAAGAUGAAAAUAAAACGCCAUGCUUUUGAUGUUGGAAAGUGUCGUGCUUCUCCGAGAAGCUCUUUCUGCACCAGCGGAGCUUACAUUUCCCAAGUCACACACUUUAUCUCGUUCCAUAAGUCUGUAUUUUGCAAUUUUCAGAAAGCUGUUCCUGCACACCCGUCUCCUUCGCCGUGUCUAUAAAAGCACAUCUUAGAAUGAUCCCUUUUCACAGAAGUAGCGUGUGAUAGUGGAUGGGCUUAUUUGGAAGAGAAGCAAUACAGUUCGGAGAAGCCGUGGUGUUUUUGAGUUAGUAUGUUCACUGUUUUUGUGUUUUGCACGUUUAUUUGCUUGAAAUUAACUCUGGUAUAUUCUGAGUCCUCUUACAUUUACAGAGAUAAUGUUUUUGAUAUGAUGAUAUUAAACGUCAAUAUUCAAAAUGA